GCGAUAAAUUAUUUUCUUAUUUAGAACUUUAGAUUUAUUUCAAAAUGUCCUGGGCUGAUAUUCUUUACCCAGGAAACAAUGAACGUCGUGCUGCUGUUGUUCGUAAACUUCAGGAUCUGCUCGACGCUAUGGCUUAUAACUUCAGAGCAACAAAUAAACUAGUGCAGUAUUUAAACGACAAUAUUACAACUGCUAACCUCACUAAAAUCUAUGUUGACUCUUCCAAGACAUUACGAGACAAUGCAGACGUACUGGUGAAACAGAUUAACGCAAUUGAAGCAGUUUUAGAAAAUAUCGACGAAGAACUGAAGAAGAAAUUAGAGCCGGACCUUUACGAAAAAUUAACAAAUGUUGAUACAUCAUUCGAACAAAAGAUUGAGAUUUCUCAGAAAGUUACCGACAUCGUGGCGGGGAUCACAGGAGCUACUGUGGGAGGGGUAGUAGGGGAAGUUGUUGCUCAAAAGUUAACAAAAGUGGUGUUAUCGAAAGCUGCAAAGCUAGCAGCAUCCACAAUUGCAGGUGCAGUGGCGGGAGGUCUUGCUGGGAUUGCUGUUGAUAUCAUCAUUGGUUCAAUCAUAGGAGCAGUUGAACGCGAUGAGUUGGAAUCAGCUUUGAAAUCACUGCAAUCGCAGGUGGAGGAGUUUAUUCCUGCUUCCGAGAAAUAUACUGAUAGCAUAUUUGAAGUGAUCGCACAGGCUAAAAUAUGGGACAAAUAUCACCCAAAUUAAACAUCAAGAACUUUAGAAAAAAUUAUACAUGAUUUACCCAAUAUUAAACUAUAGUUAAUUUUUAGACGUGUAUUGGUCCUUAUAACAGAAAAUUAAAUAAUUUACGACAAUUAUUUUUAGACACACUCAG